AAACCAUACGAAACCCUAGUUCGCCCAUAUUUUGCUAUGAAGGAGAUGUUCAAGAAGCAGGCACGGGAUCGUAUUGAUGGAGGGUCUGAAGGAACUUCUGGAGGUUCUGUGAAGUACAAGGAACCUUCUUCUCCCAAGCUCCUUGUUCCUCCUCCUCCUCCUCCUCCUCCUCCGCAACAAUCUAGUUCCCUGCUUCCAUUUGCAUCAGGAACUGGUCUCAGAAAACAGAUUCAGACAGUUAAGAAGGGUACUCAAACUAAUAAGAAUACGGGAAAUAUCAGAAUUGGAAACAUCAGUUGCCAAUUUAACCCAGCUUCCAUGGCUGCUACGAAGCCCUUCUUUCUUGAGUUUCAGACUGUUCAGGAUGGUAUUCAAACCAAUGAAAACUCCGGUGAUAUCGAGAUAGGGAGUUGGGGUUGAUGCUAUG